AUGGCCAGCGGCGGCCGGCUGGGUCCAGGUCCGCCGCUGGGUGCUGCGGGGCACCGCCCAGGGCCGCCUAGGUUGGUGGCCAGCGGCCGAGCCUCCGUGCAACGAGGUUCGCCAAGGCCAAGGGCCGAGAAAAGAGCCGAAGGAGCCCGCGAAGGUGCUGCUCGGCCCAAGAGGGGCCCAGACCCGGCAGCGCAUGUGGGGGUUGUGGAGGCAGAGCGGCAUGCGAUGCGCCUCCCCGGAGUCGCAGUCGGAGUCGACUUGCAGGUGCCUUCUCGAGACAGAGACAGCCCCGAGCAAGGUGACCGGCCGGCGCAGUCUCCGACGCGCUGGUCCCAAGCCGCCCGCCGCACGUGCGACUUGGACGAGGAGCUGGCCAUGGCUGUGCUGGAGCAGGAUCUCCAUCAGCAGGAGCGUCGGCAACAACACGAAGCGCAGCUGCGUGCCGAGGACGAGCUCCUUGCGAUGGUGCUGGCUCUCAGUCUCGCGGAGGACGCAAGUGGCCGGAUUCAACAGGAAGCUGAGAUGGCCUUGAGUGGCGCCAGCAGCAGGGCGAGAGCGGCGGGCCGUGCCGCCGAAGUCCGCGCACGGCUUCCCGUGCAGGAAUGGCAGGCCGGUUCUUCGUCCACCGAGUGCGCUUUGUGCCUGGACGAGUUUUCUCCGGGGGACAAAGUCACGCGGCUUUUCUGCUUUCACGCCUUCCACAGCGACUGCCUGGAGCCUUGGCUGAGGCGUUCAGAGACUUGCCCCACGUGCAAAAGGCACCUCCUUGACCACAUGGAGCCCGAAUGA